AACAAGUAAAUGAAGAAAUUGAUAAUGCUAUAUUACCAUUUCUUCAAACAUUGAAAUUUGUUUCCAAUUGGAAUGAAUUCAUAAUAGAUCAACGCAAAACUUUACCAAAUGGAUAUGCAAAUAGUGUUGAUAUAUCGAAUAUACUUCGUUGGUCAUUUACAAAUGAUGAUAAUCAAUCAUGGAAAAUCUUGAAUGGUACUUUUGCACAAUCAGCAAAUGUGAUAGGCAGUGUAUUUGGAAUAAGUGCAGUAACUGUCAAUGAUAUUUUAAAAAUUGUUAUUAGUUUUCGCAGACAUAGUUUUGAAAAUAUCGAACAAGUCGAAAUGAUGAGAGAUAAAAUGAAACAAAUUUUAAUUGAUGCUAUUUUAUUAUAA